UGGUACAGUGUACAUACAGUCAGUGCAGGUUUUACACCUUGUUGUAUUAAUAAAGCAUAUAAAACAUGGAGCAGGAUAAUCUGUCUCUGGUUCUGCACGCUAAGGGAGAUCUCAGACUGGAACAAAGGCCCAUACCAGAGCCAGGAUCAAAUGAGGUUUUAAUUCAGAUGCACUCAGUCGGGAUCUGCGGCUCUGAUGUGCACUACUGGCAGAAUGGACGAAUCGGAGACUAUGUUGUUCAGAAUCCAAUGGUUCUCGGACAUGAGGCCGCAGGACGAGUAGUCAAAGUGGGAUCAGCAGUAAAACACCUUCAACCAGGUGACAGGGUGGCUAUAGAACCUGGAUUUCCCAGAGAAAUAGAUGAAUUCUGUAAAUCCGGCCGCUACAACCUGUCGCCCACCAUUUUCUUCUGCGCCACACCGCCUGAUGACGGGAACCUCUGCAGAUAUUACACACAUAAUGCCAACUUCUGCUACAAACUCCCUGAUAAUGUGAGUUUUGAGGAAGGAGCUCUGAUCGAGCCUCUGUCUGUGGGGAUCCAUGCAUGCAGAAGAGCUGGUGUCACUCUGGGAAGCUCAGUGUUCAUCUGUGGAGCAGGACCGAUCGGACUGGUCACUCUGAUGGUAGCUAAAGCCAUGGGUGCUUCUCAGGUCAUAAUAAGUGACCUCUCUGCUAAUAGACUGGCCAAGGCUAAAGAACUAGGAGCGGACUUUAUUCUUCCUGUUAAGAAAGAGGAUGUUCCACAGGAAAUAGCCCGUCAUGUGGAGGGCAUGAUGGGUGGGAUGCCUCACAUAAGCAUAGAGUGUACCGGUGUGGAAAGCAGCAUACAAACAGCUAUUUAUGCUACCCGCUCUGGAGGCGUCUUGGUGUUAGUUGGCCUCGGUGGUGAAAUGUGCACAGUUCCGCUCGUCAGUGCAACUCUAAGAGAAGUGGAUAUCCGAGGCGUAUUCCGCUACUGCAACACGUGGCCAGUGGCGAUCGCCAUGCUGGCCUCAAAGCGUGUAAAUGUGAAGCCCUUGGUCACACACCGCUUCCCCUUGGAACAGGCUGUGGAGGCAUUCGAGGCCACCAGACAGGGGCUCGGGGUCAAAGUCAUGCUGAAGUGUGACAAACGUGACCAAAACCCAUGAGAGAGAGGAAAUGUACUCUUGACUGAUCUCAUGAACAAAAACGGUUCCAGCUUUUUCAAAAUAACCUCUAUUGCACUCUUUAAAAGUGUGCAGCAUGUAAUCCUAACACUUAUCUUUUUGUAAUUGCUACUUUUCCCAAUAUUAUAUAUGUUCUGUGUCUAGAAUUGUCGUGGUAUACUUUUCACAUUUUAAAUGUCGCCGUUUUUAUAAAUCAACAAAAAAAAGUCAGGACCGGGACCUUGUAAGAAUGAGAAGUGUGUAAUCAAACACCCCAGUUUUUGGAACUUCAUAGAGGUAAACAGGUAAAUAGGUAAUGACUGAGACUAGUUCAACAUUGUAAGAACGUUUCAAUGUAGGGAUUUCACCAUGUACAGGCUGCAAAAGUGUAUUUUUUUUAUUAAAUCCAAAUUUCCUUAAAGUAAA